AUGGGGAAGGUUUCUCUAUAUGAAAGGGAAUCCAAAAAUGGAAGACAGAAAAGGCGGUUGAAAAAUGGAAACAAGAAGUAUCUGAAGCCUGGUGCCCUUGGCCAACUUCGGUAUAAUAAGGCGUCGGCUGCUAAAUCUUGUACGGAUAUUGGGAAGAAAAGGGUGGCCGUGCUGAAUGCCGACCAGACAGGAAAUGAUGAUGCAGAGAUUUGUCAAAAUAAAAUCGCCGAUACAAGUCCAACUAUUUUAUCGCCUGUGAAGUUUGGAUUUGCUUCAGUGAGUGGAGCCACUGAUGAGCCUGGGCAGAAUAAUUUGCAGAAUACCCCAAAGAGCACUCCCCUGUUCAGGCUGAAUAAUUUGCAUAACACCCCAAAGACUCCUUGUGCGGGAGAAUAUCAGUCGGAGUCCAGGCUUGAGUCUCUCCCAAAUGAUUUGCUGGUGAAUAUAAUUUGCUUCCUGCACCACGAUCAACUUAAAGCAGUUUUCCAUGUCUCUCAGAAAUUAAGGAAGGCAGUUAUUAUUGCAAGGCAGUCACAUUUUAAUUACACCACACCUGAUCGCACUCGGCAAGAGAUGCUGAAGUUAAUGACUCCGCGCCCCAUUGAUCAUUGGCCUUUCGUGAGCAAAAGACAUGGAAAGUGUAGGUUGAUUUCCAGCCCACACACUCCCAAGGCACCAAAGCAUGGUCCCCGCCCUCCCCGUGUCAUGAAGAUUACUGAGAUGCGGCAAAUUGCAGCUGUUCUUUUCCAGGACUCCUCUUUUCCUUCAACGUGCUUGGUGCCUUCAGUUUUACCAAAGCCACUCUGCAGAUCAUUGGCUUCUAAUAGAGUCCUAUUUUCUGAGGAUGAACUGUGCCAGGCUGUUGCUCAAAACAAACUGCUUUGA